GCCAUAAUGUUGCAAUAACAACAAACAAGACUUGCAAUUAAAACGAGUUUUUUAUAUCUCCAAGUCCAACAAAAAAUAAAAACAAAAUCGGAAGAAAAAAAAAACUUGAUAAUUUCCUAGAGGAAAAAUCACUCCCAAGAAAUUUUUUAAGCAAAAAGAGAAGAGAAAACUCUUUUUCCUAACCCUCAAUUUCAGUCUACAACUCUCUCUCUCUAUUUCCAUCUUCAAAAAGUUGACAAAUUAUCACACUCAGUUUCGUAAUUCAUCAAAUUACUCCCCCCAAUUCGAGGGAUAGAUAUAAAGAGUGAGCGAAAAGGAGCGCUUGCAACUUCAAACUUUUUGGAGGAGAUAGGCAACUCGAAUCUUCCGAAAAUUUGAAGGGGACCUAGGAACUUAAGGUGUUCAGUGUACAUCAAUUACUGAAAAUGGAAUAAUAGAAAUUUGAGCUCCUUUAUACAUUUUGCGAAUGGUGUUUUUGAUGAUUUGGUCUAAGAUGGAUUAUUUUUUAUGAAAUAAUUUGCAAGGAUUGAGAAGCGUGUUCGAGAUAUGGAACAAGACUUAAGAGGUUAGAUUAUCCAGUUCACUUUGCACUGGAGGAUUCUGAGAUGUCUCAUCAUUUGUUACGACCAAAUGACUUGCGUGGCUCAUCAAUAGAUCCCUUGGGCAGAGAUGUAGUGCCCAUGCGGCCGAGAGCCUAUGGAUUGGAUGAUAUUCCAGGUUUUGUGACACGGAGUGAUCCUCUAAUAGGUGGGUUGACACCAGAAUUGAGUGCUAGAGGCUACCCUUCUUCCCUUGAAGACUCCAUUCUAAUUAGUCAAAGGCGAGAUGUUCCUUUAGGAAUCAGUUCUGUGCUUCCUGGCAAUCCAGAUAUUAUCUACGAGAGACCGGAAUCUCAGCGAAGGGUUGAUGGCAUCUCUUUGCAUGAAAGGGAAUCCAACAUUCUUUAUGUUGAUGGGCUUCCCACUGACUGUACCAGAAGGGAAGUUGGUCAUAUCUUUCGUCCUUUUAUAGGUUUUAAAGAUAUCAGAGUGAUACACAAGGAACCAAGACGGACUGGAGACAAGGCAAUGGUUAUGUGCUUCGUUGAAUUUAAUGAUUCAAAAUGUGCACUUACAGCUAUGGAAGCGCUUCAAGGCUACAAAUUUGAUGAUAAGAAACCUGAUUCCUCCAUUUUAAGGAUCCAUUUUGCACAUUUUCCUUUCCGUCUUCCUUCUGUAGCAUGACCGUAAGCACGGAGAUUCAAAUGAGCAAUGCUCUUAUAGAUCGAGCUCACCAUGUUGCAAUGCACCGGAUUAGGCCUCCAGUCAAGUUCACCUAUGCGAGACGCAAGAAAGGGAAUGAUCACAAGAAGGAUUAGAGUUUGUUAUUUGUGGUUAAGGGUAAUGAUUGUAAAUAGGUGAGUGGGGGGAAAAAUAGUCUGCCAAUUCUGUUAGAGUAAAGAUGAGGUGUCCUCUGUUGGUUAUGGGCAGGGGUUGGAAAUAAAAAGGGAAGGAGAAGAGAGAGAAAGAUAUCCAGAAAAGUAUUGAGUAGAAUAUUGGGAGAGUGUGAGCCUCUCGAAAGCUCACGUUUGUUGUUUGUCUCUUUUUGCUAGUUACUCAAUACAAUCUCUGCUCUCUCUAUUUUGUGUGA